UUCUAAAUCUCUCAAAUGAAGUUUUACGUGAAGUAUCUUCAGAAACCACAGCAAAAGGCACGUGGGAAAAACUAAAAGCCUCGUAUAUGAAGAGGACAGUGAAAAAUCGACUUUACCUGAAGCAAAAGCUUUACACAUUUCGUAUGGUAGAAGGUACCUCUAUACUCUCACAUCUUGAUGAUUUUGAUUCUAUUCUUAUGGAUUUGAGUAAUAUAGACGCUGAAGUUAAUGAUGAAGACCAAGCCGUCUUAUUACUUAUUUCCUUACCCCAAUCAUUUAAGCAUAUUAAAGAUACUAUGCUUUAUGGAAAGGAUAAUAUCUCUUACAAAGAAAUCAAAUCUAUCUUAAAAACAAAGGAACAAAUAGAUAGAGAUAUUACAGGGGGAAAGUAGCGCAGCCCAUGGGGAAGGAUUAUUUGUAAGAGGUAGAUCUAAUAAGAAAGAAUCAAACAGUGAGAGGUCUCAAUCAAGGUCAAAGUCUAAACCUAGAAACAUUGUGUGCAAAUACUGUCAUAAAAAAGGUCAUCUCAUUUCUAAAUGCUAUAAGUUGAAAAACAAAGAAAAGCGUAAGGAAAAUAAAAAUGAGCACCAAAAUGCUGACUCCGCCGAAGCAAGUGUAUCUGCUGAUGAGUCUGAAGGAACAAUAUUCUUAGCAACUAAUAAUAGUUUUAAAUCUAACGAUGAGUGAAUUUUGGAUUCGGGUUGUUCUUAUCAUAUGUGUCCCAAUAGGUAUUUGUUUAACACAUUCGAAUCUGUUGGAGGUGGAGUUGUCUUGAUGGGCAACAAUACUCCCUGCAAGGUUUUUGGUAAAGGUACAGUUCGAAUUAGAAUGCAUGAUGGUGUGGUGAGAACUCUCACGGAUGUUAUAUAUGUUCCCGACUUGAAGAAAAAUCUCAUUUCAUUGGGCACUCUAGAAUCUCUUGGGUGUAAAUACACAGGUGAAGGUGGAGUUUUGAAAGUAUCUUCAGGAGCUCAUGUGAUCAUGAAAGCACACAGAUCAGGUACAUUGUACACUUUAUUGGGAUCCAAUGUUACAGGUGCUGCUGCAGUUUCCACUUCAAAUCAACUUGAUCCCAACAUCACCAAAUUGUGGCAUAUGCGAUUGGGGCAUAUGAGUGAAAAAGGUCUUUCCAUCCUCAGCAAAAGAGGUCUACUGUGUAGACAAAGUAUUGAAAAAAUGGAGUUCUGCGAACACCGUGUGUUUGGAAAGCUGAAAAGAGUCAGCUUCAAAUCUCCAGUAGUUCAUCAAACAAAAAGUACUUUGGACUACAUUCAUUCAGAUCUUUGGGGUCCUUCCCGUACCCAAUCAAAAGGUGGUGCCAGGUAUAUGUUAACUUUCAUUGGUGAUUAUUCAAGGAAGGUUUGGGUUUAUUUUCUGAAAAACAAAAGUGAUGUUUUCUUAACUUUCAAACAAUGGAAAGUUUUGAUUGAAAAGCAAACAGAAAAACAGGCCAAGCGGCUUAGAACAGAUAAUGGUUUGGAAUUUUGUAAUGACGAGUUCAAUGAAUUUUGCAAAAAUGAAGGAAUUGCUCGACAUCGCAUUAUGAGGAUGACACCUCAACAAAAUGGUGUUGCAGAAAGGAUGAACAGGACUCUUUUGGAAAGAGCCCGUUGUAUGAUUUCAAAUGCUGGAUUGACAAAUAUUUUUUGGGCUGAGGCUAUCUCUACAGCUUGUUAUGUUAUCAACCGUGCUCCUUCUUCACCUUUGAACUUCAAGACUCCGGAGAAAAUAUGGUCAGGAUAGAGGCAUUUGGAGAACCAAAGGAAGUUGGUGAAGCCAUAGUGCAGACUAUUACAGGAUCAGGCAAACGUCCUAAUGUGAAAGGGACAUUGAUUCAAGC